AUGGCUUCCAGCAGUGCCGGUAAGUCAACAAACCUUUAUAAUGGCGUGCCCACCACACGCACCUCUCCUCUCUGGGCCGACCCCUUAUGUGGGGAGCUCCAAAUUUUAUUGCUCAAAGCAACUGGCAAGAAUACUCUACCAUCAAACCCUUUCGUUGUUUCCAAAACCAUCCAAGCUGUUACGGAUCGCGAUUUCAAGGACGCGAGACCACAGCGCGAUGAGAACAAUAAUUUGCAAUACGUGAUCCAUAUUCGUAACAAGGAAUAUGUAGAUGCGCUCCUGGGUAUUAAGUCAUUAAUUGACAAAACCCCUGUGGAGAUAACUUAUCACCCUACCUUGAACCAGCGCAAAUGCGUGGUAUCCUGUAGGGAUGUGAUUGAUAUGGCAGAAGCUGUACUUUUAAAAGAGCUUGCUGACCAAAGAGUUAUUGCGAUCAAAAGAAUUUCCCGUAUGGACCCAACUAAGAAGGAAUUAAUUCCAACUCCAACCCUGAUUUUGACCAUCAGAGGUACUGUAAUCCCGGAAUAUAUUAACUUUGGCUUUAUCCGCGCCCCCACGCGCAAUUUUUAUCCGAAUCCUAUGCAGUGCUUCGGCUGCUACAAAUUCGGACAUACUUCAAAAAAAUGUAGAACCAAGAUCCAAUUAUGCCGAAACUGUGACAAGUACACCCAGAACUAG